AUGGACUUUGUUGAUUUCUCAAACGAGGUACAGCGCCGGCCUUCGACGUUAUCAGGAGUGAGCGAAAUUAAAUAUCCGGGAUCACAUGCUUCCCGUGCAUCGUUUUCAGCGCCGCAGAAUGUACCUAAACGUAAGGCGAGCUUGAACGUCUCAAAUCAUAUCUCAAAGCGUGCCAGUUCCCUCAAGCCCAAGCAUCAAAUGCCAGAUUCUGAACACGGCACGUUGUUGAAUAACCCUGCAGACAAUGCAGACAAUGUAGACAAUGUAGACGCUGCAGCCACGACAGACACUAAAAACAACUCUCCCACACGCGCUUCUGUCAUCGAACGCCGUGAGGAGGACGUCGAAAAAGGUGACGAAAAGGCUGUAAAUGACUCGGCUGCUGUACAAAACAAGGAUGAGAAGGAUCCUUUCUUUGUUGAGUUCACGCCAGGUGAUCCUGACAACCCAAAGAACUGGAAGACUUGGUACAAGUGGCAUUGCACCAUGCUCAGUUCCGUCCUCAUCCUUAACAGCACCCUCGCCUCCAGUAUCCCUUCCUCAGCCUUGCAAAACGUCAUGCAGGAGUUUGGCGUGUCCCAGGAAACUGCUACAGUACAAAUCACCCUCUUCCUCUUUGGUUACGUCGUUGGUCCUUCUUUCUGGGCGCCGGUUAGUGAAAUCUGGGGUAGGAAACCCAUUUUCAUUAUUACUCUCUUUGUUUACACUACUGUCACCAUUGGUUGCGCACUCGCUCCGAACAUUACGUGUUUGCUUAUUUGCAGACUCAUCACGGGCACAGCUGCAGCUAGUCCACUUACUAAUUCCGGUGGUGUCGUUACUGAUAUUUGGCCUCUCGACAAGCUUGGUAUUCCUUUAGCCACGUUUGCUUGUUCACCCUUCCUCGGUCCCGUCCUCGGUCCAAUCCUUGGUGGUUUCGAAGCGCAGUAUGGUGAUGUUGGUAGCUCGAGAGGCUGGCAGUGGACCUACUACACGUGUCUAAUCUUUGGAUUUACCUGUCUCUGUUUUGUUAUUUUCUUUCUUCCGGAAACUUAUGGCCCAACUAUCAUAGAGAGGCGUGCAAAGAAGCUGCGUAAGGAAACUGGUGACAUGCGGUACUACUGCGCUUCAGAGAAGAAUCGUCCACCUAUUGGACAGCUUUUGAAGACGUCAUUGACUAGACCACUACGCUUGCAAGUAACCGAACCAAUCGUUAUCUUCAGUUCAAUCUACAUCUCUAUCGUAUAUGGAGUACUUUACAUGACAUUUGAAGCCUUUCCGCUUAUUUUCAGAGGCGUGCAAGGCUUCUCUGUUGGUAUUUCAGGAUUAUCAUUCAUCUCUAUUGCAAUCGGAAUUGGAUUCUUCCUCAUCGUUGUUAUCCUUUAUGAUAGGCGAUACCAGAGGGUGGCUAGGGAGACAAAGAAGCUACCACCAGUUGAGAUGCGUCUAGAGCCAACACUACACGUUGGAUCAUUCGCAUUUGCUAUUGGAUUAUGGUGGCUUGGAUGGACCGGAUAUAAAGAGUCGAUCCCUUGGCAAGCACCAAUGGCAGCUGGAAUCCCACUGGGAUUCGGAAUCGUGAUGAUAUUCAUGUCAUUCCUUAAUUAUCUCGCGUCGACUUAUGUCACAUUCUCAGCAUCAGCGCUCGCAGCCAACACUAUAACGCGGUCAAUAGUUGGUGCAGUAUGCCCACUGUUCGUUGACCAAAUGUUUACUGGUAUGCAAAUUCAGUAUGCUUGCACAUUGCUAGCAGCAAUAGCUACAGUAUUAUGCGCUGUACCAUUUUGGUUCUACUACAACGGAGCCAAACUGAGAGAGCGCUCAAAAUACGCGUUCAAGUAUCCACAGUAA